UAUCAAUACAAAUGGAGAGGGGGGAGGAACUCAUGUCCCUAUCGUUUACUUGCCUGGGUAAGAGUGCUGCGGUAGAGAUAAGAGGAGCGCGCUGCACGAGUCGACCCCAUCUGUCCAACUUCUCUUACUUGGCCCUCUGAACUUUUUCAGCCAUGGAAUCCCUGCAGCUGCACCCUUUUUAAGCGCCAAUUCUAUCACAAAGGAAGAGGGAACAAAAGAAAACGAAAGAGAGGCUCACAAGCGUGUAAGAAAACGAAUAAAAACACGCUUUUGUAGCUUUACUCCUGGAUUUAACUCGUUUUCAUCCCAAUUCUUCCUCAAAAUUCUCAUUUUGAGGUCUUCGUGUGGUAGUGUGCAAGAAGUUGGAAUACUACUCAAGUGCGGCGGUCUGAGUAAGCUCCCUGUUCUUGUCGUUUAAAAUAUAAAAGUUUGUGGCCGAGCUAAUUGUUCGCACGCGUGGAAAGAGUUUUAAUCAAUUGUUGAAAAGUUAGUUCAUCCUCUUGAAGAGAAACAGGACAUGGAAGGAGAAGACUUCAAGAACGGGGGGCAUGGAUGUCCUCGGCUGCUAGAUUUGAUCCCAAAUGUGAGAGUGGUGCAAGAGGGAGGAGGAGGAGGAAGAAGAACAUUUAGGCGUUUAGAUGCCUCAGAAGAGAUGAAACUGGAACUGAGGCUUGGACUCCCUGGAGGAGGCUUAGAAGAAGAAGAAGAAGAGUCCUCUGUUUUAUCGCUUGGUUUCAUCUCCAAGGCUUCAAAGACCUCCUCCAUUAGGGUCUUUGGAGCAGUUAAAUCUAAAAAUGAAGGUUUUCAGCAUCAGAAAACUGGAUUUUUCAAGUUGCAGAGCCGAGCUGGUACUGAAAAGGAACACAACACCCCUUGGGCUAAUGGGGAAUUUGAACAACAACAAAGCCUCGAGAAGGAGAAAGCAGAUGGAACUGCUGGACCCAGCACCAGCUCCCAGGCGAGAGCUGCUGCUGUUCCUGUUGUUGGUUGGCCUCCCAUUAGAUCCUUCAGAAAGAAUCUAGCAACUAAUUCAGCUAAACAAACAGUGGAGCCAGAGACUAGAAGAAUAGUGGAAGAAGUGAAGGUUGAGAGCAACAAGGGUUUGCUUGUGAAGAUCAACAUGGAUGGUAUCCCAAUUGGGAGAAAAGUUGAUUUAAAAGCUUAUGAUACCUAUGAGAAGCUCUCCAAUGCAGUGGAAGAUCUCUUUCUAGGCCUUUUUGAAGUUCAAAAGGAUAUCUCUGCAAAUGCCAUUCAGAAGGACGAGGAAGCAAAAAAAGCAUUCACAGGUUUAAUGGAUGGCUCUGGUGACUACACUUUGGUUUAUGAAGACAAUCAUGGUCAUAGAAUGCUUGUUGGGGAUGUUCCAUGGGAGAUGUUUGUUUCAACUGUAAAAAGGUUGAGGGUGUUGAAAAAUUCUCAUCUUUCUUCAUUACGUUUAGGAUCUGUAUGCCGGAAAAGAACAGUGAUAGAGUGUUGAGAUCGGAGAGAAGGCCUUUGGGACUGAACUAAUUCCUAACUGUUUGUGUACUUAUUGAAAUCAUACUUGAGUUUAUUAAUGCAAUUGCUUUAUCAGUUGGAUUUAA